AAUAAAAACACAGCAGAGCAUUCCCCUCGUACUGUAAGCACCUGAUCCCCAUCCCGGCGCUGGCUGAAUCUACAUCUGUCCACUGCGGAGGCUCUAUCCACAACCUUGAGGAGUAAAUGGUAUAAAUGCGGAAGCAAGUGUACUUCCGGUGGCUAACAUGCUAACUUUUCCUUCACGUUACCGUGAGAUUCAGCCGGAGUGCAGCAGCAGAGCCUGCAUGUGAGGAUAAACGUGUUUAAGUGGACUCUGUUUAAACUUUCGGGAUGUUUCACCUCAGACUCAUCUCCUGUUAGCCAAGAAUGCUAAAGGAAGUUAGCUUGUUAGCAGGAAGUAGCCGGAGCCGGAGCUCGGCCUCACAGUCGGAGCAGCUUCCAUAGAGACCAAACUGUAUUUUUCACGGAGCCCAAAUGUCCAAAUGUCCAGAUAGAGCUGUCUGAAUAGACUCUGUGCUGUUCCCUUUAUCUGAACAUGUUUAACAUCUGAAUUAUCUCCCGGUGUCCUACGAAGCUAAUGCAGUUAGCUUAGCUUGCUAGCUGGAAACAGUCUGGAGGAAAAGCUGCUGUGAAUUAGUAAAAAUGUCUAAAGUGGAGAACGAGGAGGAACUUUGUGGACAACGCAAACUACUGGACGCUGUUUUCAAGCCUGCAGCAGAUGUCCAGCUUCUGUUGGUGAGUCAAGAAGAGGUUCCCCCUGAGCAGCAGGAGAGGAGCCCCAGUCUGGACCAGGAGGACCCACCAGAGCCCCCACACAUUAAAGAGGAGUUGAGCCCCAGUCUGGACCAGGAGGACCCAUCAGAGACCCCACACUUUAAAGAGGAGUUGAGCCCCAGUCCGGACCACGGGGACCCACCCAUUAAAGAGGAACAGGUGGAACUUUGGACCAGUCAGGAGGGAGAGCAGCUUCGAGGCCUGGAGGAGGCUGAUAUCAUCAAGUUCACAUUCACUCUUGUCCCUGUGAAGAGUGAAGAAGACGAUGAAGAGAAACCUCAGUCCUCACAGCUUCAUCAAAAACUCACUGAACAGAUGGAAACAGAAACUGAUGGAGAGGACUUUGGAGGACCAGAACCAGCCAGGAACUCAGAUCCAGCUAGACAUUUACAACCAGAUACUGAUGACAGAACAUCACACUCUGAACCUGAGACUGACAACAGUUGUGAUUGGGAGGAGACCAGGGAACCUCGGUCAAGUUCAAACCCUCUGCUAGUUAACAAAGUACCUGUAAGUGAUCAGGAAUGUUAUACUAAAAAAAUAUCAAGCAAGUCCUCAGAAUCUGCUACAAGCUUGGACAACAAGGGCCAUCGGCAGGAACACAAUGGACUCCAAACAAAGGAGAAACAAUUGAGUUGUUCAGUUAGUGACAAAACACACUUAGAAAAUAAAUCCUUAAUGUCUAAUGUGAGACUUAAUUCAGAAGGGAAACAUUUCUGUUGCUCAGUGUGUAAAAAGACUUUUCGAUUAAGACGAGAUGGUGUCAAUCACUUGAGAAUCCACACAGGGGAGAAGCCUUUCAGUUGUUCAGUCUGUGGUAGAAGGUUUGCACAAAGCUCAGCUUUGACCACUCACUUAAAAGUUCAUACAAAAGAAAGAUUUCUAACAGGAGAAAAACCUUUUAGCUGCUCAGUUUGUGAAAAAAAAUUUAGCCGCAAAGGCGAUUUGUUGCAACACAUAAGAACCCAUACUGGAGAGAAACCAUUUAGUUGUUCGUUGUGUGAUAAAAGAUUUCCACGAAAGGAAAAUUUGAGAUGUCACAUGAGAACCCACACAGGGGAAAAACCAUUUUGUUGUUCUGUUUGUGGUAAAACUUUUGCUCAAAGCUCAACUCUGGCCACACACUUCAGAGUUCAUACAGGAGAAAAACUUUUCACUUGCUCAGUUUGUAAAACAAGCUUCACAAGCAGAGGCAAUCUGUUCAAUCAUAUGAGAAUCCACACAGGGAUGAAACCAUUUAGUUGUUCAGUGUGUGAUAAAACAUUUGGACGGAAGGAUCAUCUGAGACGACACAUGAGAAGCCACUCAGGGGAGAAACCAUUUAGUUGCUCUGUGUGUGAUAAAACAUUUGCAGACAGCCAAUAUCUAAAACAACACUUGACUCUGCACACAAGAGAGAAAAAUGAUACAGAAGAAAAGCCUUUCAAAUGCUCAGUUUGUAAAACAACAUUCAGUCUCAGAGGCAAUUUGUCCAAACACAUGAGAAUCCAUACUGGCGAGAAACCUUUUAGUUGUUCAGUUUGUGGUACAGGAUUUGCACAAAAGCAAAUUCUGAGAGCCCACAUGAGAACCCACACAGGAGAGAAACCUUUUAAUUGUUCUGUUUGUGGUAAAACAUUUGCACAGAGGUCAACUUGGACCACACAUUUGAAAGUUCAUACAGGAGAAAAACCUUUCACAUGCUCCGUCUGUAAAACCAGUUUCCGUCGCAGAAGCUGUUUGUCCGCACACAUGAGAAUCCACACAGGGGAAAAACCAUUUAGUUGCUCUGUCUGUGGUAAAACCUUUGGACAAAAGGGAAAUCUGAGACGACACAUGAGCACCCACAGAAGUGAGAAACCAUUUAGUUGCAGUGUUUGUGAUAAAACAUUCACUGAGCUCGCUCACAUCAAAAAGCACAAGUGUGCUGGUGAGAGCACCAGAGGUAAAUGAAGCUGCAGAGAUGCUUGACGUUUUCCAGGUGCUUUUUUGGUAUGACAUAUGUUCUUUGAGUUAAUAUGGAUAAAAGUGGUCUAAUAGUAGUUUAUGUCAUCUGUACAGGACUAUGGUCAGCAUGUGUUGUUUAUGAAAUGACUGACCUCCCAACAAGACAAUUUAAUUUUACAAUUUUAUUUAUUUGAGACUGGCAUAAAGCAUAAACUCUGCUUUUUUUAUGUUUCAUUUUCUUUUGAUUAUGAUGUGUAAACUUUUGUAAACCAUUAGAAGAUACUAAUAAAAUGUGUAAUGCUUUAA